AAUUGGCUUGCGGAUCCUAAUGGGGGCAGUGAAGGAGAAGAACAUAUUCGGGGAAUUAUGGCUGAAGCAAGGAAAGUUGCAGAAUUAUGUGAGGAGCCGAAAGAAAGAGAUGAUAUCCUUCGUUCCUUGGGGGAAAUCUCUGCUUUGACGGCUAAGCUGUCAGAUCUGCGGCGACAUGGGAAAGGUGACUCUCCUGAGGCCCGUGCGUUGGCUAAACAAAUAGCUACAUCACUUCAGAAUUUACAGUCCAAAACAAACAGGGCUGUAGCAAAUACUAGGCCAGUUAAAGCAGCUGUCCAUUUGGAGGGCAAGAUUGAGCAAGCUCAGAGGUGGAUAGACAAUCCUACAGUUGCUGAUCGGGGAGUAGGCCAGGCAGCAAUUCGGGGUCUGGUUGCAGAAGGUCGUCGUUUAGCCAAUGUUAUGAUGGGACCUUAUCGUCAAGACCUGCUUGCCAAGUGUGACCGUGUAGACCAGCUGGCUGCUCAGCUAGCUGACCUUGCAGCAAGAGGGGAGGGAGAAUCUCCUCAGGCCAGGGCAAUUGCUGCUCAGCUUCAGGACUCACUGAAGGAUCUUAAAACACGGAUGCAAGAGGCAAUGACCCAAGAGGUUUCUGAUGUUUUUAGUGACACCACAACUCCUAUUAAAUUAUUAGCAGUAGCAGCCACUGCUCCUUCUGAUGCUCCCAAUAGAGAUGAGGUGUUUGAUGAAAGAGCAGCAAACUUUGAAAACCAUGCUGCUAGGCUGGGAGCUACAGCAGAAAAAGCAGCUGCAGUUGGAACUGCGAAUAAAACUACUGUGGAGGGCAUUCAAGCAACAGUGAAAUCAGCAAGGGAACUCACCCCACAGGUGGUAUCAGCUGCUCGUAUCCUCCUGAGAAAUCCUGGAAAUCAAGCUGCUUAUGAACAUUUUGAGACCAUGAAAAACCAAUGGAUUGAUAAUGUAGAAAAAAUGACAGGCUUGGUGGAUGAAGCCAUUGAUACUAAAUCUCUGUUGGAUGCAUCAGAAGAGGCUAUUAAGAAAGACCUUGAUAAAUGUAAAGUUGCGAUGGCCAAUAUUCAACCUCAGAUGCUGGUAGCUGGUGCCACCAGCAUUGCUAGACGAGCAAACCGCAUCCUACUGGUAGCAAAACGGGAGGUUGAAAAUUCAGAAGACCCUAAAUUCCGUGAGGCUGUUAAAGCAGCCUCUGAUGAGCUAAGCAAAACUAUAUCGCCAAUGGUAAUGGAUGCUAAAGCUGUAGCAGGAAACAUUUCUGAUCCUGGUUUGCAGAAGAGUUUCUUGGAUUCUGGAUACAGAAUUCUGGGAGCUGUGGCCAAAGUCAGAGAAGCUUUCCAGCCUCAGGAACCAGAUUUUCCCCCUCCUCCUCCUGACCUUGAGCAGCUUCAUCUGACUGAUGAGCUUGCUCCUCCAAAACCACCACUUCCAGAAGGUGAGGUUCCCCCGCCCAGACCGCCACCACCUGAAGAAAAAGAUGAAGAGUUCCCAGAGCAGAAAGCAGGAGAAGCUAUUAAUCAGCCGAUGAUGAUGGCUGCUAGGCAGUUGCAUGAUGAAGCCCGGAAAUGGUCUAGCAAGGGUAACGACAUCAUUGCUGCUGCUAAACGAAUGGCACUGCUAAUGGCAGAGAUGUCGCGCCUGGUGAGAGGAGGUAGUGGAAACAAGCGUGCUCUUAUUCAGUGUGCAAAAGAUAUUGCUAAGGCAUCAGAUGAAGUCACUCGAUUGGCCAAAGAGGUGGCAAAGCAGUGCACUGACAAGCGCAUUAGAACAAACCUCUUACAGGUCUGUGAGCGAAUCCCAACCAUCAGUACGCAACUCAAAAUUCUUUCCACUGUCAAAGCUACCAUGCUGGGCAGAACUAAUAUCAGCGAUGAAGAGUCAGAACAGGCAACUGAGAUGUUGGUUCAUAAUGCCCAGAAUCUCAUGCAGUCUGUGAAGGAAACUGUGAGAGAAGCUGAAGCAGCAUCUAUUAAGAUAAGAACAGAUGCUGGAUUCACUCUUCGCUGGGUCAGAAAGACCCCAUGGUAUCAGUAAACACUUGGCACAUAAGUAUUGUUUUCUGUAACAUAAAAUACCUUUUUUUGGAAACAGAAGAGAUAUAUUGACAGCAAAAGGUGCUGUAUACAUGAGCUUAAGAUUACCUUAUGCUAAUGCCCCAUUCUAAGGGUAUGAGUUAUAAGAGAAUGCAUUUCAAAUGUCUUCGGAAUGCAUUUGAUAUCAAACACCUCAAAAUUGCUUCCAAUAGUAGACAGUUCUUAUCCUUUUUUUUUUUGCUUUUGAAGAUUCUUUUCAUGAAUUCUGUACUCCCAGAAGCACAUUUCAUUUAUGCACUGUAUAUUCCAGUAGUUUCCAUGUGAUGAUAUAAAACAUGGACCUCACUUUAAGCUUGUGUUGAGAGUCUAGGACACUAUUGGUUACUUGGCAGUUUUUCUGUAUCAAUGAUUAUCCCUACAACAUUCAACUUUUCAACAGGAUUUUAGCUGGCUGUUCUUAAACCAUGCAGAAAUGAUGGAAGGUGUGGGGGUUUUAGUUAAAAGGGCAGGCAGCAGAACAGUUGUAAAUUGACAAUUUGAAAUUCCAUGUCUGAAAUGAUGUUUUUUUGCUUUUGAUUUUUGCC